GCUGUUAGCUUCAUUUACGCUGUCGCUGUCAAGUAAUUUAGCGACUAAAUUGAAACUGUGUGGCUACGGCUCUUUUAAUUGACUGUUUAGUGUUGAGAAGACGUGUCCGGCGAGCUGUGAGCUGUCUCCGAAGCAGCGGCAUCGUCUGUUGCUCUGUGCUAACCGUUAGCUAAGUGCUAACAACACUGACAGCAACUAACUUGCAUGCGUCUCCCAGCGCUGUCAUCAGGCAGCCGAUCAACAGGGAUCAAGGAGGCUCUGACAGCCGUCCCCAGCAGACAUCAUGGAGCUCCAGGCGGUGUUGAUGGCGGCUGGUGGGGGUUCUCGUAUGACCGAUCUGACAUACAACACCCCCAAACCUAUGCUGCCUGUUGGAAACAAGCCCCUUAUGUGGUAUCCCCUUAACCUGUUGGAGAGGGUGGGAUUUGAAGAGGUCAUAGUGAUCACCACUAAAGAGGUCCAGAAGAUGAUGAGCACAGACCCGAAAAUGAAGGUGGAUGUGAAGAUGAAACUGGAUGUGGUUUGCAUCCAGGAGGACGGCGACAUGGGUACCGCCGAUGCUCUCAGACACAUCCAGCAGAAGAUCAAGACGGACAUCCUGGUGGUGAGCUGUGACCUGAUCACAGACGUGGCGCUUCACGAGGUGGUUGAUUUGUUCAGGGCCCACAAUGCAACGCUGGCCAUGCUAAUGAGCAAGACCCAUGAAUUCACAGAGACAGUCCCAGGCCAGAAGGGCAAGAAGAAGACAGCUGAGCAGAGGGACUUUGUUGGAGUGGAUCAGUCAGGGAAGAGGCUGCUCUUCAUGGCCAAUGAGGCAGAUCUGGAGGACGGCCUGUCAGUUAGGAAGUCCAUCAUGCGGAAACAUCCCAGGAUGCACAUCAAGACAGGCCUAGUGGACGCUCAUCUCUAUUGUCUGAAAAAAGCAGUGGUGGACUUUCUCACAGAAAACAAGUCUAUCUCAUCAAUCCGUGGCGAGUUGGUGCCCUAUUUGGUGCGUAAGCAAUUUUCCAAAACAAUUAACAGUCAGAAAAUGAAAGACGACACAGAGGAUCAGACCCAGAAAAAGAAUGACGGCUCUACGAACCACGAGCUCCUCAUCUCAUCCCGGGACGAGCCUCUCCUCCAGCUGGCUCAGGAGCGCUCCUGUUGGAAUGACCACCACGGUGACAUGAGCGAGGCUUACCAUGGAGGAAAGCUGCGCUGCUACGUCCACAUCAUGGACCAGGGCCUGUGCUACCGUGUUAAUACUCUAGCUGCUUACAUUGAGGCAAACCGAAUGGCCCCAAAGCUGUUUGAAGAGCCUGCAGUCCACCCAUCUGCUGUCAUUUCUGAGAGAUGUCAGAUGGGAUCAGACAGCAUCAUCGGAGCUCUGUGCCAGGUAGCAGAUAAGACUUCCAUAAAAAGGUCCACUAUCGGACACUCCACCGCCGUGAAAGAGAAGGUCAGAGUCACCAACUCCAUCAUCAUGCACGGAGUUACCGUCGAGGAGGGAUGUAACAUCCAGGGCAGCGUGAUCUGCAGUAAUGCUGUUAUUGGCCGAGGAGCAGACCUCAAGUACUGUCUGGUGGGGAACGGACAACGGAUCGAACCAGAGGCUGAGCGGACUAACGAGGUCAUCGUUGGAACGGACCAGCUGAUGGAGAUCUAGCUUUCGCAAGGAAGGAGCGACACCACCAAUUCGAGAGCAGCAAAACACAGAGAACAACGAAUUCCCCAGCUGACUGACCAAUCGGAAGCCUGGAUGCUGCUUGACAGUUCUACACUCUGUUCUCUUGGGCGUUUUUUUGUACAUUGUGUCCAAAUAAACACGAGUCAGCUUAAAACUCC